GCGCUGCAGACUCCAUCCCAAACACACACACAUUUCCCUUGACUUGGAAAGUCACCCAAAGCCGCCCCAAGUGCAGGGCACAGAGACUUCACCAAGUGAAGGGAACUCAUCAGACUUGCGCUGUGUCCAUCAAGGACCUCUGGGGAAAAGCUCCUGAUUCCCAUUCCGCUGUGUAGGUUGGAAUGGACUUCGAGCCCAGUAACUUGUGGAUGCAAGGAUGAAGUGACUUUACGGCUACAAAAAAGGCGAGAAACCAGGCCUUGAAAUCUCCGAAAGGUAGGAGAGACAUCCAGGCUGCAAUGGCUGAAAGAAGUAUAUGCACUGACGCAACCUCAGGAAAAUCCAAGAUGGCUGCCAAGCGCAAAGGCGGCCUGAAGCUAAAUGCGAUCUGUGCCAAGCUCAGCCGCCAGGUGGUCUUCGAUCAUGGGGGAUCGGAACAGGUGCAGUUGGACAAGGGUCCCCAGAGGGAAAGCGGCAACAAGGAACCGCCCCAGCCUGAGACCAAGGACCUGGGGGCCAAAUUUUCUGAUGGACUUAACCGUGUUCAGAAGAUAGAAGAGGACAAGCGGAGGGAAGUGAUUGAGAAGUGGGUGAAUGGGGAGUACAAUGACGAGACCCUGCUGGGCCGAGCAGAGGGCAAGGAAUGUAAGGCCACCGAGAGCGUGGAGGUGCCUCCCGAAGGGGUUUACAUGGUACAGCCCAAGGGCUGCAGCGAUGAAGAAGAUAAUGGGGACGAGGCAGACGGCAGCUUCCCGAACGACAGGGAUUCGGAUGGGCCUAGCUCCAAGGAUGAAAGUUACCGACCUUCCAGCGGCCAGACGGUCUCCAAGCUGUCUGGAGGAGCUGCCUCAGGGGAAGCUUCAUCCCUGCGCGAUUAUGCCGCCACCACCAUGAAUGAGUUCCUGGGCAUGUUUGGCUACAAUGACCAGAACAUGCGGGAUGAGCUGACCCGCAAGAUCAGCUUCGACAAGCUGAACGCUGCUACCUCAGAGGCUUCCUCUGCCACUGCCUCCCUCCCUGGCGAGGACGCCAUGAGCAAGCGAGCCCGCUUCUCUAAGUACGAGGAGUAUAUCCGCAAGCUCAAGGCCGGUGAGCAGCUCUCCUGGCCCAUCCACCCGGCCAAGUCUGAGGAGCUGAGCUCCAAGCUGGGCAAGGAGGCUUCAUCAGUGCUGACACAGCCCAUCCGAGCACUGCCGGGGCCUGAUGCCACCCUGCUAACAGAGACCAAAGCCACCAUACUGCCCUUGCCCUCUCCGAGCAGCUCCCAGAUGCAAGGCCUGAUGUCGCGGGCCUCCAAGUAUGACUUCUUCAUCCAGAAGCUGAAGACAGGUGAGAGCAUCAGGCCGCAGAACGGCAACACCUACAAGAAGGCCUCCAAGUAUGACCUGGAGAAUGUGAAGUACUUGCAUCUCUUUAAGCCCGGCGAGGGCAGCCCAGAUAUGGGAGGAGCCAUUGCCUUUAAGACAGGCAAAGUGGGCCGGCCUUCCAAGUACGAUGUGAGGAACAUCCAGAAGCUCACUCCAGUCAAGGCUCCAACACCUAGCCUGGCCCCCAACCCUCUCUCCAGUACCCCCAGCAGUGCUCCAGUGGCUGGGCCCGAGCAGCCCGUCUCCUUGCCGUUCAACACCCCUGAGUACCUGAAGUCGACCUUCUCCAAGACGGACUCCAUCACGACCGGGACAGUCUCUACGGUCAAGAACGGAUUACCCACUGACAAACCAGCUGUCACCGAAGAUGUAAAUAUUUACCAGAAAUAUAUUGCCAGGUUCUCUGGGAGUCAGCACUGCGGACACAUACACUGUGCGUACCAGUACCGGGAACAUUACCACUGCCUUGAUCCGGAGUGCAACUAUCAGAGAUUCACUAGUAAACAGGAUGUGAUUCGGCAUUACAACAUGCACAAGAAACGUGAUAACUCCCUCCAGCACGGCUUCAUGCGCUUCAGCCCCUUGGAUGACUGCAGCGUGUACUACCAUGGCUGUCACCUGAAUGGGAAAAGCACACAUUAUCACUGCAUGCAGGUGGGCUGUAACAAAGUCUAUACCAGCACCUCUGAUGUGAUGACCCACGAAAACUUCCACAAGAAGAACACACAGCUGAUCAAUGAUGGGUUCCAGCGGUUCCGAGCUACAGAAGACUGUGGCACCGUGGACUGUCAGUUCUAUGGGCAGAAAACCACUCACUUCCACUGCAGGCGACCCGGGUGUACGUUCACUUUCAAGAACAAGUGCGACAUUGAGAAGCACAAGAGCUACCACAUCAAGGAUGAUGCCUAUGCCAAGGACGGCUUCAAGAAGUUCUACAAGUAUGAGGAGUGCAAGUACGAAGGCUGCGUCUACAGCAAGGCCACCAACCACUUCCACUGUAUUCGGGCGGGCUGUGGCUUCACCUUUACCUCCACCAGCCAGAUGACCUCCCACAAGCGCAAGCACGAACGCCGGCACAUCCGCAGCUCAGGGGUGUUGGGCCUCCCCACCUCCCUCUUGGGAGCCAAGGAUAACGAGCAGGAGGAGUCCAGCAACGAUGACCUCAUUGACUUCUCUGCCAUGAGCUCUAAGAACUCCAGCCUGAGUGCCUCCCCUACCAGUCAGCAGUCUUCCGUCUCCCUCAUCAUCCCGGCUGCACCUUCUUCCGCUGCUGAGCUUGCCUCCUCUCAGGCCUGCAAGCCCACCAACAGCAUGCCACCGGCCACCAAGAUCUCUGGCCUGCUCUCCCAGGCCCUCCCCAGCAAUAUACCUUUGGCCCUGGCACUCGCCAACUCAGCACUUCCCGGAACGGUCAGCUCCUACUUCCCCAUCAUCCCCAGUCGUGUCUCCACGCCACAUCCCACCAGCUCAGCCAAUCUAAUGACUGCUGGUUCCUCCAGCACCAAUCCAACAUCCUCUACUGCUGCCACUUCCCCCUCCCAAGCCGUCUCAGGGUCCAGUGAGCCGACAGCCACCUCUUCCCCAGGUGCAGCAGCAUCCAUUAUGGAGAGGAUCUCCGCCAGCAAAGGAUUGAUCUCACCCAUGAUGGCCAGGCUGGCAGCGGCAGCCCUCAAGCCAUCCAUGGCGCUCGAAGCAGGGAACGGGCAACUGAUGACUCCCAGCCGGUUCAAUCCAGUUCAAAUGAAGCAGGAGCCUGUGGAGAGUGUGGUGUCCUCAUCCUCGGCGACCCAGGAUUCCUUGCAGGAGCACAGCCUGGAUCUGAGUGUGAAAGAUCACGGUAAUGAAUCAAAUGGCCACACAGUCUCAGCAAAUUCAUCUCUUUUAUCCUCGCUUAUGAAUAAGAUGAACCAGUCCAAUGCCAGCCUUGGCAGCCUGCCAAGCUUGAAGACAGAAGGAGAUGGCAACCAGGCAGGGGCUGGUGAGCCAACGCAAUACCUGGGCAAAGCAGUGAAGGCGCUUGUUCAGGAGAAACUCUCUGAGCCCUGGAAGAUGUACUUGCGCAGGUUUGGUACCAAGGAUUUCUGUGACGCCCACUGCGACUUCCUCCAUAAAGUGCAUUUUCACUGCGUGGUGGAGGAAUGUGGUGCCCUCUUCAGCACCUUGGAUGGGGCCAUCAAACAUGCCAAUUUUCACUUCCGAACAGAGGGUGGAGCUGUGAAAGGAAGCUCUGAGUCUCCCUUCCCAAGUGCUGCAGAGACCAAGACUUCCUUGGCCCUCUCAUCGCCAUCCACUACUUCCAUCACUGUGGCAAGCGCUCCCACCCUGGAUGUGCCCACUCCGAGCCCAGCGACUGUGCCCUCUGCUCCCACAUUGCUAGCUUGGAAGCAGCUGGCUUCCACCAUACCCCAGAUGCCUCAGAUCCCAGCAUUGGUGCCUAACCUGGCAACUUCACCCUUGGCAACAACUUCCCUAGAGAACGCUAAGCCUCAGGUCAAACCCGGAUUCCUUCAGUUCCAGGAGAAUGACCCCUGUCUGGCAACGGACUGCAAGUAUGCCAACAAGUUCCACUUCCAUUGUCUCUUCGGGAACUGCAAGUACGUGUGCAAAACCUCUGGCAAAGCAGAGUCCCACUGCCUGGACCACAUCAACCCCAACAACAACCUGGUGAAUGUGCGAGACCAGUUUGCUUACUACUCACUGCAAUGUCUCUGUCCAAACCAGCACUGUGAAUUCAGGAUGCGGGGCCAUUACCAUUGUCUUCGGCCUGGCUGCUACUUUGUGACCAACAUCACCACCAAACUGCCCUGGCAUGUGAAGAAACAUGAGAAGGCAGAGCGAAGAGCAGCCAAUGGUUUCAAGUACUUCACCAAACGGGAAGAGUGCGGCAGGCUAGGUUGCAAGUAUAACCAGGUGAACAGCCAUUUCCACUGCAUUCGAGAGGGCUGCCAGUUUUCCUUCCUGCUCAAGCACCAAAUGACAUCCCAUGCCAGGAAGCACAUGAGGAGGAUGCUGGGGAAAAACUUUGACCGAGUUCCCACGCAGGUUAUUGGCCACACUUCAAGAAAUGAAAAUCUCCCCCACGUUGGCAGCCUGGCACCCAGCCCAGCUUCAUCAGGAACCCCAGCUUCCUUUCAGGGACCCCAAAGCAUGAUGGACACUGAAACAGAUGAGUACAUGGAUUACACUGGCUGUAGCCCUGGAGGCAUCUCCUCUGAAUCCUCCAAUAUGGACCGCAGCUGCUCCAGCACUCCAGUGGGCAACGAAAGCACAUCAGCAGGCUGCCUGGUUCCUCCUCCUACUGCUGCUGCUGCCGAUGACGCUACCCACAAUGCACCACAACCUCCACCGCCUCCUCUGCCUCCAUCUUUCUCACAAGCCUUGCUCAGGUCUCCUCUCCCCUCCCUCCCCUACCUCUUCUCUCCAUCUUGUCUCUCAUACUCUCUGCUCAGUGCCACUCUUGGAUCCAGCAGGGGCAUUGUCAUGCCUGCCACCAGCACACCUGGUUUCUCGCCCAUCAUUGCCACUCCAACUCCAGUAAAAAGUGAUGUUCCCCUAGUUCAGGAUGCAGCAGGGAACACCAUCACCAUGCCAACUGCCUCCGGGGCCAAAAAGCGCUUCUGGAUCAUCGAGGAUAUGUCUCCGUUUGGCAAGCGCCGCAAGACAGCCUCCUCGCGCAAGAUGCUGGAUGAGGGAAUGAUGCUGGAGGGUUUCCGACGCUACGAUCUCUAUGAGGACUGCAAGGACACCAACUGCCAGUUCUCCCUCAAGGUCACCCACUACCACUGCACCCGGGAAAACUGUGGCUACAAGUUCUGCGGCCGCACCCACAUGUACAAACACGCCCAGCACCACGAUCGCGUCGACAACCUGGUGCUGGAUGACUUCAAGCGCUUCAAGUCUUCACUGAGCUGCAACUUCCCCGACUGCCAGUUCUCUGGCAACAGCACGCACUUCCACUGCCUGCGCUGUGGCUUCCGCUGCACCGACAGCACCAAGGUGACCGCUCACCGCAAGCACCAUGGCAAGCAAGAUGUCAUCAGUGCUGCCGGCUUCUGCCAGUUCAGCUCCAGUGUGGACUGUGAGGUGCCCGAUUGCAAGUACAAACUCAAGUGCUCCCACUUCCACUGCACUUACCCUGGCUGCAAACACACUGUGGUGGGCAUGUCACAGAUGGACUCGCACAAGCGCAAGCAUGAGAAGCAGGAGCGGGGGGAGCUGCCAGCCAUCUCUCCUGGCCCCGAGGGCCUCCAUCACGCCACCUUGGAGUACGACGUCCAGAACUCUUCCGUCAACCUGGACAGCUCCCUCAACCUCAGCACUGAUGCCAACAGCUCCCUCUUCUUCCUGCAGAACGCAGCUGGCGUGGGCCUCAAUGACUCCUUGGACCUCAGCAAGAAGCUACCAGAGGCUGCUGCUGGCCCAUCACCCAGCAGAGCAGGGACAAGCCCUCACGAGAGUGGAGUGAUGGUAUCCAACUCCGGCGAUGUGGAGGACGAAGAUGACUCAUCCCAAGAUGAGGAGGAGGAGGAGAUAAAUGAAGAAGAGGAUGAUGAUGAAGAGGAUGACGACGAUGAUGACGAUGACGAAGACGAGGAGGAAGACCUGAAUACAGACUCUGAAGAGUCACUCCCCGACCCUGAGGGCCUGGCCACUAAAGAGGAUGGGGAAACAGGGGAGGCCUCCACUUCCAUAGACCAUGGUGAUGCUUCCAGGCCUCUGGGCGAGCCAAACCCAGACCUCACGUUAGUCCCCACCCCUGCUCUGGACCCCACCCUUGCCCUGACCCCAACCCACACCCUCGCACCGGCAGCUUCUCCUUAACCUUAGAGACAGCAGGAGGUUUGGUUUUGCUCUUAAAUGAAAUUACUAAGAGGACCCCUUAUGAGGCGAGAACAAAGCACCAGGACGGUAAGCGACAAAACGAACUCCACACCGCACGCACGAGCCCCACGGGCUCAACAGGACAGACAUGGUCGCAUGGGGCCAGCGCACCAUCACUUCAUUCUGCGGAUGACAGAAGAUAAGGCAGGAUGCAGAGACACAAAACCCUUCUAGAUGGACACUAGCUCUGAGGGUGACAUCUGCUCUCCUUUCCUCCCCCCCUUGUAGGGCGUGUGCCCAGUCUUGGGACCCCCUCUCUUAUUUCUGGAGUUUAUUUUUCCAUGUUUUUAGUUGUAUGAUACUAAUAAUAAUCUCCACUCCUCGGAAGGGGAGUACGGGGAUGGCAGGUGAUGAAUUUUAGAAUUAUGUGGGUUUUUUUAAGCACGUGGAAGGAACUGGUGGCACAAAGGCAACUAGCUAAGCCUUUACCAGUGUGGGAGGGAGGGAAGGGGUGUCUUUUUUUCCCCCCAGCAUUAAAUAAAUGGGAGAGACUGAUGCACCAGACAGCAAGGGUGGGAGGGGGUAUUUAUUGUCUUACAAACGAGGAAGCAUUAAUGAAUCAGCGGGGCUGGGAAUGGAACACUUCUCUGUUCUUCCAGAUCCUCUUUAUUAUUAAUAAUAAUAAUUUUUUAAAUGCUAUUUAUAUUGUUACGCUUCCCUUUCUCUAGAACUGUUGGAACAGCUGUAGGUCACCUCCCCCAGCUCCUGCUGAUCUCCUGGUAGUGGUAUAGCUGCAGUCAUGGUAGGGAAGGUCGCCAUAUGGCGGUUAAAGGGUCUGUCACUCACACUGGAGGACUGGGGUUAAACCCCCACUCCCAUCCCCAGGUGCUACCCCUCUUUCUCCAGGUUUAGGCUUUUUCUUUUUGGUGCUUCAGAGAAAGCACCACUGUCUCAGGCAGGCUGUGAAUGGAGGCAGGAGCAGAAGGUGAGAUUAGCAUCCUUUGCCUUGGUGUAGCUGGAGGGGAAGAGCAAUGCCUUGCUAAAUGCCACUUGCCCUCUGAUGCAGGGCGACUGAUUUUUUUAAAUGAUGAGCAAGCAGCGUAUCCUCAGUGUUUUCCUCCUCAAGGUGAGGGUGGGCAAGUAGAUUCUGUGCAAAGGCUAAUGCAUUUCCCAAAGGGAAGAGAGAGCGAAGCCACAACCCACACAGAAAGGGUAGGGAGAUUAAGGCAGACACUGGGCUGGCAAUGGGACCUCAGAUGCUGGAUGGAGAGCUAUUGAUUGCUCAGGUCCUGCACCCAAAUACCCUUGGCUGCUAUCUUGUGGCAUGGCAUGCAGUGCAGCAUGCAGUGCAGCAGGGUGUCAAGCCUCCUCCACCUGGGCAAAUCGCACCAAGGCCGGCAGCACCAUGGUAGCUGGACAGACCUACAGCACUCAAAUGGUUACAAGCUCUCCCACUGUUCCCUUUCCCCAACCCCGCCAGUAAAGGGUUUACACACACACACUACAGGAGACUAUUCAGCAUUCGCAUAGAUGGCAGUUGCUGUUUGACGCCCAAGUCCUGAGACAGAGAGCUUGUCUACACGUGUGCACUGGCCCCAGAAGGACUAAAAGUGGGAAUUACGCUUGAUGCAGUGAUUUCGGUGCCAGUGUGUAGACCAGCUGGGCAUUUUGCUCCCUUGGGUCUAAUACUUGGCCCUUGUUUAUUUUGUUCUGUUUUAAUUAUUUUUUUCUAAUAACAAACCCCCUAAGCCCAAGGAAUCCCUGUCAUUCAUUCUACCCUGCACAGAAAGAGGCCACAAGCAGUUUGGGUUGUUUUCUUAUUAUUUCCCUAAAGAGCCAGCGUGGAUCUGGGUCCCAACGAUAGACAAGCUCCUCAGCUGUUUAAAUGCAGGGAGAUGUUUGGAUAACAAUGCUUAAAAAGGAAAGGGGGGAGGGGAGGAGAGAAAAGGGAAAAAAAAGUAAGAAAAAAAAAGAUUGUACAGUAUUUUUCCUUUAAAGGUUAUUCUAUAUAGAACAAACAGAAACAAUGCCUGCCGGAGGGUAACGAGCCUGCCUUCUGGAUAGCCCUUAGAGCCUAGAUAUGGUUACUUGUGUGCAAUUUUUUUUUCUCUUUCAGGGUUUGGGGUUUUUUUAACAUUUAUUGGUAGGGGGCAGCAGGGGGGGAGGGGCCUUAACCCCAUGGUUUGAGGCUGUCUUCAUACUCCUAGCACUGACUGGAGCUGCACGAUUCCGAAUUUUAACUUGAAUUUUAUAGAGACGAAACAAACAAAUGGCGGUUGUGAAAAGAAGUUUGUAGUUCAUGGUGGGAGGCGGGGGUUUGCUAGCGGUUAUUUGUGUGGCUUUUAUUUUUCAUAUGGUUUUAUUUUUGUUACUCCCCCCCCCCACCUGCUUCUUGUUUUCUAGUACAGCUCCCAUUAUCCCCCCAUUACCAAUAUAAGGAAGAGAGCUUCCUCAGUGGGUACAGAGAGGGACUUGGGGCAUGUUGUCCCAGAGCAGGAUGGGUUAGAUUGGCUGUACUUAGAGCAUUUAACUGCAGGUUUUAUACUGUGUUGCUCUUGUCCAAGUACUUACCUACUAGCUUGAUGGGUGCUAUAGAAAACCCUCUAGUCCUAACAUGGCUCCAAACCUGCAAAUACACACAGCAGUGCAUAAUUUGCACCAGUGAAGUCGAUAGAGUUUUGCCAUUUACUUCAAUAGAACUCUCACAAGCUUAGAACGCCAUACAGUCAUAAGGGUGUUCAGAACUGAGGGGGCCACUGGAAGAGGUAAGAUAAUAGAGAUGGAUAGCUCCCUGCAGCUAGUGAUUGCUAUGCAGGAUGAACAUGGCCAAGCCCUGUUUGAAAGCAGUUCCAUUGAGACCUCUGCUGUAGAUCAGCUAUGAGCCUUAUCUUCAAUUUUGCCUCAAACUCACUAACCUCCACUGACUGAAUCCUAUAAGGUGGCAGGCGAAAGCAGCUGUGUAGGGCAGAGGUGUGAGAAGACAAUCACCACUCCCUCCUCCACCAUCAACCCCAUGGUGCCUCAAGCAGGAGCUGCAUUUAUGACUCAUCACUGUCUCCCAUCUUUGACCCAUACAUCAAACCCUCUUCCCGCCAAGCCUCCACCCACCUUAGAUAGUUCUUAUUUUCAGGAGCUGGCACUGGGAAAUGACAGGCUGGUACCAGACACAGCCUGCCCAACAAGGGCCUGAUCUGGCAACGCGCUGAACCCCCCACUGCACUCACUGAGAGUCCCCAACACGUCAAGAUGGGGCCUCAGGUUGACCCACCCUGCCUGUCCCUGACUGCAUUUCCUUUCUUUCUUUCUUUACAACUGAAAAAUCAAGAUGGGUUAAACCCACCAAGUCUUUUUUGCCACAUAAAGACCCUGAUUCAACAAAGCCUUUAAGCAUAGGCUUAAACAUGAGCUUCUAGUUAAGCAUAUCCUUAGGGGAGUUGCUGAACAGGGAUGGAUUUAAGUGUGUUCCUGAACUGAGGCCAGGUACAGGACUCCAGUUCAGCAAGCUGUGUAUGACUUGAGUCAGUGUGGUUGCUCAUAUGAUGAAAUUUAGGCAUGUGUUUAAAGUAGCUUGCUGACCUGAGGACCAGGGAAUUCAGCUGACUGACUUAGGCACGGGAGAGACAAGACGGAAUUAAAAACACACAAACAAAAACCCCAAAGGCCCUUGACAAACCCUCCUGAUUCUGCCACCAUUCGCUGCUGAAGAGAGA